AUGUUUGCCAACAAGGUAGGGCUGAACGCCAUCCUAAAGGACGGCUACAGGAUAGUAAAGAAUAACGAGGAAGCUAUAUUAAAAAACAUAGAGGCAUGCAAAGAGAUCUGUGCAAUUCUUCAAACAUCACUGGGACCAAAAUGCAUGAACAAGUUAAUAAUAAAUCAUAUCAAUAAGAAAAUCGUGUCAAGUGACUGCAUAACGAUCUUAAAAGAUUUAGACAUUAAUCAUCCUGUUGUUAACAUUUUAAAGAAAUUAUCAGAAACAAUGAAUUAUGAGUAUGGGGAUUUUACCAAUUAUGUAUUUACAAUAACAACUGAGAUGUUAGAUAAGGCUAGUUUUUUAAUCGAACAAGGAUUUAACAUAAAUGAUAUAUUAAGAGGUUUUUUGUUAGGAUAUAAUGAAAUAGAAAGGGUUUUUCCUGAAUUGAUUGCAUGGGAAUUAGAAAAUGUUUAUGAUGAAAAUGAAAUAAAGAAAGUGAUAAGGUCAGUUAUGAUAACAAAAAAUCUAUCAAACAAUUAUGAUAUCAUAAUUGAUUUAGUAGCUAAAUGUGUUAGUACCUUAAUGCCAGAAAAAAUCGAGAAUUUCGAUGUAGAUAAUAUUAGAGUGUCAAAGUUAAAUGGGGGAAACUUAGUAGAUUCUCAUUUCUUGAUGGGUAUGGUGUUAGCUAAAGAAACAAAUGGAAUAGUAAAAAAAAAGGAAAACGCUAAUGUGAUAAUAUUGAAUUGCGGAUUAGAAGCAGCAACAACAGAAACUAAAGGAACUGUAUUAUUACAUAAUGCACAAGAACUUUUAAAUUUUACAAAAGGGGAAGAAGAACAAAUGAAAAAAAUAAUUGAGAGUAUAAAAGAACAAGGUGUAGAUGUUAUUAUUGUUAAUGGUGCUAUUUCUGAUAUAGCUCAACACUUCUGUGAUGCUAAUGAUAUUAUGACUUUGAAAAUUACAUCAAAAUAUGAAACUCUGCGAUUAUCUAAAUUAUUGAAUAUAUCGUCUUUAGUUAAGUUAGCUGUACCAAAACCUGAAGAAAUUGGUACAGCAUCAUCUAUAUAUGUAUCUGAAAUAGCAUCUAAAAAGGUUACUGUCGUUAAUUCUAAAAAUAAGAAAGUAGGUACAAUUAUUUUAAGAGGGGCUACACAUAAUCUUCUAGAUGAAGUAGAAAGAUGUGUACAUGAUGGUAUCAAUUCUGUUAAAAAUGCUAUCAAAAGCAAUUCGUUUCUAUAUGGUGGUGGUUGUGUUGAAAUUCAGCUUUGUGAGAGAUUAAAAAAAUAUGCUCGUGAGUUAAAGGGUGUAGAUAAUUAUAGUGUAAAAAUUUUUGCAGAAUCGUUUCAUGUUAUUCCAAGGAUAUUAGCUACCAACUGUGGGUAUAACUUCACCGAUGUUAUAAACGAACUUACAAAUGAACAUAAUAAAGGGAAUACGGAAGCUUGCGUAAAUGUUAACAAAUACACACACAUCACUUCUGCUAAGGAUAAUCAUAUAUAUGAUAAUUAUAAAUGCAAAAAGUAUGCUAUCGAUUUAGCUAUUGAUGCUGUUCAAACUAUUCUUAAAAUAGAUCAGAUCAUUUUGGCUAAACCCUCCGGAGGACCCAAACCGAGGGACAAGAACCCGGACUAUGACGACGCGUUCUAA